CAUUAAUGAUUCGACAAAAACAUUGAAUUCCCUUUUCACCUUUGAUUACUUAUUACUACCACUCUUUUUCUUGCAUUUCAAAUCUUCAAAAAGAAAAUUAAAAGAAAAAAAAACUGUUUCUUUAUCAAUGGAAGAUUUUGAAUGGUAUGACCCACUUCUUAUAACUGACGUUGCUUUCCUGCAACAGCAAGAUCUUACCCAUACUAACUCUCAUACUCACUCUAAGUGCAUUUUUUCCACGUUGUGUAUCUCAGAAGCUUUAAUCAUGGCAAAUUCAGAUGACUCUAGUCAAACCGAGAUUGAUGGCAGGUCUGUGGCAUCACCUGAUCUGGUAAUAUGUAUGGGUUCACCUGAUGUUCCUAGUCCAGGAUAUGAAUUUUCACCUGAAUUUUUGAAGGGUGAUAGAAUUGAUGUCUCUUUAGAAAAUGGAAUCAAGGGGGCUGAAAUGAAAGAAUCCCUUGAGAAUCGAGCAGGAAAUUCUGAAGAUAUUUAUACAGACUCUUCUUUCGAGCUUGCUGCAUCACCAUUUGUGGAACAGAUUUCUCUCAAAUACUGCACUCAUAUUAUGAGCAUCAACGCUGGGUCAACAGACAGUAUAAUGUUCCAAAGAGAAGUACAGUUUUCUGAAGAUAGUUGUUUCAAUGGAGGUGAUAUUGUGAGGACUAAUGAUCCCGUAACUGGGGAUGGAGAAGGCCUUAGUCUUUACCAGACUGCACGUUUUGGGAAUUGUUUGUAUCAUUUUGAUCAUUUAGAACCCAGAACUUACAUGGUUGAUCUGUACUUUGCUGAGAUUGUAUUUACUGAUGGUCCUCCAGGAAAGAGAGUUUUUGAUGUUUGCUUGCAGGACCAAAAGGUUGUAUCUUGCUUAGAUAUUUAUGCUAGUGUUGGCUCAAAUACACCGCUGGUGAUAUCUGAUCUUAAAACUUGCAUUAACGGAGAUGAGGGAUUGUCUAUUAGAUUUGAGGGAGUAAUUGGGAGUCCAAUAGUUUGUGGUAUUUCCAUUAGGAAUAGUGCUUCGGCAGAGUCUGAAGAGGUAGAAGGAAUGGGAUUGACGUACAUGCCCCAAUGCAAGUCACCGCAAGAUGUUGGUUAUGGUUCCAUGGAUGAAGAAUUUCAUAGGCUUCAAAUAGAGAAUGAAUCCCAGAAGAAGGAACUUGCAGAAACAAAAAAGGUUUUAGAGGAGGUUAAGAGGGAGAAUGAGCUCAGAAGCAGAGAAUGCCAAGAAGCUUUGAAGUCUUUGAAUGAGCUUCGGAAUGAGCUUAUGCGUAAAUCGAUGCAUGUUGGAUCUCUGGCCUUUGCUAUUGAGGGGCAAGUGAAAGAAAAGAGCAAAUGGUUUUCAUCACUGAGAGACUUGACAAGAAAACUCAAGCUUUUGAAGAUGGAUCAUAUCACGCUUUUGGAAGAGGCUACAUCUUUUAAGCAAUGCAUGGCAGAUAUGAACGGUUUUAGCUCUAUCAUUCAUUCCAAAAUAAAUGAGCACACACUAUGA